CAGUUUUUAAAAUGGAGGCGAGCAAUCAGGACUGGACUGCUGUGGAAAGUUUGUUUUUGAUCCAAACAAUAUUUCAAGACUGGGCGGACAAAAACUCACAAUACGGAGUUAUUCCAACAAGUGAAAGAAAAAUUUGGGGAAGCCGGUAUCACGUGAUGUUGAUGUUUACGUUUUACUGCGCAUGCCCCAUUGACUAUUCUGUUUGAUUAUAGCGGCGCAUGUAGACCAGAGAUUGGCAUUGUUUUCGGAAAAGUCAGUUCGGAAAGAACUCCUCAUGUAGACGUGGCUUAGUGUAGGUGUUGCGUUAUAGUGUUGUGAAAUUCCCAUUGUGAGGCUAAUAAAAGCAUACCAUCAUAUCUUUUUCACUUUCGCCACCUGGCUGAACCCCUUGACACCACUGACUGUUAAACGCGAUGGCCCAUGCCGGGGUGGUCCUGGACAAGGACCAGUUGACCUGCUCGGUAUGUCUGGACGUCCUGAGGGAGCCGGUGACCAUCCCGUGCGGCCAUAGUUAUUGCUCAGACUGCAUCCGCAACUACUGGGACCAAGAUGACCAACUGGGGGUCUUUAUGUGCCCUCAAUGCAGGCAGAGCUUCAACCCGAGGCCGGCGCUCGCUCGGAGCACCUUGCUGGCCGACGUGGUAGAGAGAUUCAAGCGAAGCGGUUUCCAGGAAACCUCGGCGGCGGGCCAAAGCCUGGCGGAGGCGGACGACGUGGAGUGCGACGUGUGCCCCGUGAGGAAGAACAAGGCGGUCAGUUCGUGCCUGGUGUGUCUGGCCUCCUACUGCGACCUUCAUGUCCGGCCGCACUACGAGUCGGCGGUGUUCAAAAAGCACAAGCUGGUCUCGGCCUCCAAAAGGCUCCAGGAGAGCGUCUGUGGUCGACACGACAAGUUGCUGGAGGUCUACUGCCGUACGGAUAAGCAGUGCAUCUGCUCCAUGUGUCUGACAGACCAACACAAGGGCCAUGACACAGUGCUGGCAGAGGUGGAAAUACAACAACAACAGAGACAGCUUGGUGAGCUGAAGCUCAUCUCUCAGCAGAACAUCCAACAAAGAGAGAAGGAGGCUCAGGAGUUGAGACAAGCCAUCUUCUCUAUCAACCGAUCAGCCCGGCUGGCGACGGAGACCAGCCACUGUGUCUUCACCGAUCUGAUCCGCUCCAUUGAUCUGAAGCGUUUCGAAGUGCGCGAGCUGAUCAAAGCCCAGGAGAAGCUGGUGGUCAAUCAGGCCGACCAACUGCUGGAGAAGAUCCAGAAGGAGAUCACAGAACUGAAGAGGAGGGAAGCUGAGCUGGACAAGCUGGCGCUCACUGAGGACCACCUGUACUUUCUCCAGAGUUGUCAGUCCCUCCAAGCCAUGCCUGCGUCGCCAGCUUUACCUACCAUUGCCAUCAACCACAACCUGACCUUUGACCCGGCCACAAAAGCAGUGUGUGACUACAAAGAGUUGCUGCAGGAAGUCGGCCAGGGAGGAUUUGUCAGCAUUUAUGAGAAAGUGCGAGAUGUGGUCAUUAUGGAUUCUCCCGCCGUCCCUGCCCAGGCAGAAGUAACGCCAAUGGGAAAUGUCCAUUAUCCUGCUCAAAUGGAAGCAACAGUAUCUGCAGUGAACCCGUCACCGGACCUGGACCAAAGUCCUCUGAGCUCUUUCAACUCCGCUCCUCGACCUGCAGUGCCCACUUUUGUCUUCUCACCUUUUGGCUCCAAACUGACGCCUUCAAGGUCCAGGCAGAGGAAUCAGCGCCGCAGUCACCCCAGAAAGAAAUAAUAUUUGAAUGUGGACAUUGAUUAUAAUCAUGUUACAUACCACUUCUUCUCUUCCUCAACUUUACUUUUUAUUACGCCACAUCUGAACCACACUUUUAUUACCUUACAAGCCUGUGAGCCUGUUAGUGUUACACAUACACACACCAGUUACUAUUACUUUGGCAGUACUUUUGACAUUGAUAUUCAUUGCAGGACAGUGCAGCACUAGAAGCCAGACUCACCAGGGCUGUAUAUUUUAUGAAAAAUUGUAAAGGAUUAAUAAUACACAUGUAAUAUAUUAUUUGGGUUUGUAUCAUUAAAAAAAAUAUGUACAUAAUGUUUUCAUACAUUUAA